GCUUAUCGGCCAGUUGCAAAUACAGUUAACACGUUCGCACCAUGCCAGGAACUAUGCAGAGUGUCCAAAAUCACAUCAACGAACUUGUUCCUAGUGGAGCAAAAGAUGCAAAACGCGAUACGAAGACAUCAAAAUCCGUCUUCGCUCGCGAAGCCAAGUACGGCGCGCACAACUAUGAACCAAUUCCUGUUGCAAUUACUAGAGGACAAGGGGUUUAUGUUUGGGAUGUGGAAGGAAAAAAAUAUUUCGACUUCCUAAGUGCUUAUUCAGCUGUAAACCAAGGACACUGUCAUCCCAGAAUCGUCGCAGCUCUUCAAAAGCAAGCCGAAAUAUUAACGCUAACUUCGAGAGCAUUUUACACCGAUGCAUUGGGUGAAUAUGCUCAAUACAUAACCAGUGUAUUUGGUUACGAUAAGGUUUUACCCAUCAACAGCGGAGUGGAAGCCGGAGAGACUGCCUGUAAAAUUGCACGAAAAUGGGGAUACCUUAAGAAAAAAAUUCCUGAUAAUGAAGCAAAAAUAGUAUUCGCGGAAGGCAAUUAUUGGGGACGAACCUUAGCCGCAAUUUCGUCGUCGACAGAUCCGUCUUGCAGGGAGCAUUAUGGUCCAUUUAUGCCGGGAUUUUUAAUCGUCCCCUACAAUGAUUUGGAAGCUUUAGAGACGACAUUGAAAGACGAUCCUAAUAUUUGUGCCUUUAUGGUUGAACCCAUUCAAGGAGAAGCAGGAAUUGUGAUACCAUCGCCGGGUUACUUGAAAGGUGUACGUGAAUUAUGCACUAAAUACAACGUAUUGUGGAUUGAUGACGAAGUGCAAACGGGAAUGGGGAGGACGGGAAAACUUUUGGCAGUAGAGCACGAGGAUGUUCGACCCGACAUCGUCUGUUUGGGAAAGGCGUUGUCCGGAGGAAUGAUGGCGAUAUCCGCAGUUUUGGCAGACGACCCCAUCAUACUUUGCAUGAAACCCGGAGAGCACGGAUCAACCUAUGGAGGAAAUCCACUCGCGUGUAAAGUGGCAAUUGCGGCUUUAAACGUUACCAUCGAAGAGCGUCUUACCGAAAAUGCUAUGCACUUAGGUUGUUUACUAAAAAGUGAACUUAAACAACUGCCUACAAGUAUUGUAAAAGAAGUUCGCGGCAAAGGACUAAUGUGCGCAAUUGUCAUAAAUCGAGACAUCGGCUUCACCGCAACAGAAAUCUGCCUUAGACUGAGAGAUAAUGGACUGUUGGCAAAGCAAACCCACAGUGACAUAAUCCGCCUCGCACCACCCCUAGUGAUUACUGAAGCACAGUUAAGAGAAUGUACGAAAAUAAUCACAAAUACAAUUUGUUCCUUUUUGUAACUAAAUACGCCCUCCCUACACCCUCUAUGAAUGGGGGUGAAAAUAGCUCCUAUCGUCAGGUAUGGAUGCAGAUGCUGCACCGAUGAAUGUUGUACAAUAUAUAUGUGAAGGCGUUUACCAGUACGAGUUCGUAGUAAAUAAUUAUGUGCCUACCUAUAUUAGUUGAUUAAUUUAAUCGAUAAUAAACGUUUAUGUAUGUA